AUGGUAAAGGAGAAUAUUGUAAAAGAUAGUGAAGAUUCUGAGCCAUCAGCAUGUGAGCGAAAUGGCAUGAUUCCCUUGCAUGAGCAAAGUGAGGAGGGACCAGCAGUAGAUGUCAAAGGUACUGGUGGGAACAUACAGACAGAAGAAACUGCUCUCUUGAAUCACUGUGCUCAGCAACCUCUGGAACCAACAACAGGGUCUUCAAUACCUGCAAGAACACCGAGCCAAAUAUUUACUUGCCCUCCUCAAGGUUUACUGUCCCGAACAGUGACAAAUGUUGCAAUUGUGGUCCUGGUUUGGGCUGUGGUUUGGUCCAUCACUGGGGCUGAGUGUCUCCCAGGUGGAAAUCUGUUUGGAAUUCUGCUUCUUUAUUUUUUUGCUGUCAUUGGAGGGAAAAUUUUUGGAUUCAUUAAAAUACGAACACUACCCCCUCUCCCUGCUCUUCUGGGGAUGCUACUUGCUGGUUUCCUGAUCCGAAAUACAUGGUUCAUUAGUGACAUUGUCCAGAUAAACCUGCGCUGGUCGGCAGCACUGAGGAACAUUGCUCUUUCGAUUAUCUUGACCCGAGCAGGACUUGGCCUGGAUCCAAUGGCUCUUAAGAAGCUCAAAGCAGUCUGUUUACGACUUUCAUUUGGACCAUGCAUUUCAGAAACAUGUACAGCUGCUGUUUUUGCCUACUUGCUUAUGCAUUUGCCAUGGCAAUGGGGAUUUAUAUUAGGUUUUGUUCUAGGUGCAGUUUCCCCUGCUGUGGUGGUUCCCUCAAUGCUGAUUUUACAAGCUGGGGGAUAUGGGGUGGAGAAAGGUGUCCCAACUUUGCUAAUGGCAGCUGGCAGCAUUGAUGACAUUAUGGCUAUCACAGGCUUCAACACUUGCCUUGGAAUAGCUUUCUCUUCUGGUUCUACUCUGUACAAUGUUCUCCAUGGGGUGCUGGAGGUUGCUGUUGGCAUAGCAGCUGGGGGGAUUCUGGGAAUGUUUGUUCGAUAUUUCCCAAGCCACGAUCAGGCGUCUCUGGCAUGGAAGAGAUCGUAUUUUCUACUUGGGCUGUCCAUGUUUGCUGUUUUUGGCAGCACCUACUUUGGCUUCCCUGGAUCAGGAGGGCUCUGCACAUUAGUCUUAGCUUUUGUUGGAGGUGUUGGAUGGUCUGAGGAAAAGAAAGAAGUUGAAAAAAUUGUUGCCAUUGCGUGGAAUAUCUUUCAACCUUUUCUUUUUGGUUUAAUUGGUGCAGAAGUAUCUGUUACAUCUCUUAGGCUUGAAACUGUUGGACUCUGUGUUGCUACACUGGGCAUUGCCCUUGUUGUGCGAAUCAUAGCAACGUUCCUGAUGGUGUGUUUUGCUGGGUUUAAUUUCAAGGAGAAAGCAUUUAUCUCAUUGGCAUGGAUUCCCAAGGCCACUGUUCAGGCUGCAAUAGGUUCUCUUGCCUUGGAUACAGCGAGAAUUCAUCAGAAUGAGCAACUGGAAAAGUAUGGAAUGGAUGUACUGACAGUAGCUUUCUUGGCUAUCUUGAUCACUGCUCCAAUUGGAGCCCUGGUUAUUGGUUUGGCAGGGCCCAGACUUUUGCAAAAGGCUCAGACAAGUAGCAAGGAGGAUGAGGAAGGUGCUGAAGCUGGAGAAGAAGCAGAGGCCUGUGAACCUUCGUAAGAUGGACAUCUACAAUCCUUCAGUCCUUACACUUCUGUUGAGUAAACGCAGGAUGUCUGUAAUAUUUCUGGAAGAAACCAAAACAAGUAUCAGUUGUGUCUGCUAUUUUGAAAGCAGUCCUGGCAGAGUUUUAUGAAACAUUUUUAUGUGUUGAAUGUGCCUUAAGAGAUAAAAUAGCUGAACAUACAGAGAACAGGCUGGCCAGGCAGUGAGUCACUGGGAAGUUAGUCAACAGUUACUUGAAACGUGUGGGUGUGAGGCCAGGGAGAGGAUCAGAAUUGUUCAGGCAUGGAGUUGGAGUUAUAAGGUGGAAUAUAAACAGGAGAAAAUGGAGACUAAUGUGAAUAACUUCUUGAUGGUUGAAACUGGGCUGUGAGAUGACAAGCUCAACUGCUCA